AUUCGAACUGGGGCUGGAAUCGGGGCUGGAACUGGGGCUGGAACCGGGGCCGGAACCGGGCCGGGACAGCCCUCUUCCCCCAGCCGAGCAUCUUCCUUCUCCUGAGAGAGUGGGACCAGGACGAAGGCCGGGAAGCAGUGGCGCUGGGCCUGGUAAAACCUGAGGAGAAGCGGGCGGUGCCGCCGGGCGCUGGGGUGACCUCGAUCCCCCUCAGGAUAUCCCGAUCCGCCUCCAGUGUCCUGGUUACACGCAGUGUGAUGGUGAAGGAUAUGGCAUCCUCAAGCCUGGAAGAUUUAUGCCUCCACAUCAAUAUGAAGAUUUCAAAUGUUAAAAAGUGUCUCCUAUUGAGAGACUUAGGUGAGGAUGAUUCCCGCAAGCCUGUGCUCCGUAAAAUACAGAAAGAGGUGAUCCUUGUACAUGAUCUCCUGAAUGAAAUGGAAAGUGAAGUUCAACAGCAAGAAAAACUGAAAGAUUCACUCAAAGAGAUGCAGAAGGCUGCUGAGAGAGAUCAGAGGGAAGCACAGCACCUCCUUGAACACAUUCCACGCUAUCUGCCUAAGCCACCCCAGAGCUGCAACACUGUGCCAGCUGUGAAACACAAAGAAGAAACAAAGGCUGCAGAACUCAAAAAUGAGAAGAAACCUGCAAAAGAGAAAAAAGUCAUUAAAGAAGCAGCAUUAAUAACCACAGAGGAGUUUGAAAGUGUUCCUGCGUAUUUGAAAGGCCGUAUAACAUAUGACCAGAUUAAUACAGUUGUUCAAGAGAUUAACAAGGCUGUGGUGGGCAAGUACAAGAUCUUGUAUCAGCCUUUGAAGUCUAUGAGUGCACCAGUCAGAAACCUCUACCACAGGUUCAUUGAACAAGAAACUGCGGAUACAAAAGGAGCAUUUUUCAUUGUGGAGGAUGAUAUCAAGGCGUUCACUCUGCUGAAAUUGGAUAAGCGCUUCCACAGCAUCCUCAGCAUCCUGAGGCACUGCCAGAGAGUGAGGGAGAUUCGCAGCUCGGGGCUCAUCCGCUACGUCAUCUGCUAACAGCUCCCCAUGUCUGCCCACCCGCAGCCUGCCAGCCCUGCCUGGGCUCCAGGCAGCAGCAGGGAGGGACAGGGAGGCGUUUCUAACCAUCUACUUUGUUUUAUGUAAAAAUGAGAUAUGCACAGU